AUGAGCUUCGUGCUGCUGGAGGAGGAUGACUCGACGUUGCAAGAGGCUCUGGCCAUGAUCGAGGAUUCCUACGACGAAGAAACGCCAAUUAUGGGCGAAAUACCCGACGUACUUGACCCAAUUACGAAGGACCCAAACCGAGUCAAGGAGCGAAACCGCGAGCGCGACUUUCGCCGGCGUCAGAGGCAGCAGGAGGAGCGACUGCAGUUGGAGAUGCAGGCGCAGAGGCUCGAGAUGUAUUUGUCCCAAUUGAGGAAGAAUUCGUCCGAGAUGCAGCAGGAGCGAGUGGAGGCGGAGCUGCUGAACAGGUCGCUGCGCAAGGCGGUGGCGGCUGAGGUCAAGUGGUCCAAGAGCCUGCAGUCGGUGCUGAGCAAGCGCCAGACGAUGGAGGUACAGGAGCUCAUGCAUCGUGCAACUCUGCGGGAUGAUCCUGCGGCGGUGAAGGGAGAGAUCAUGGCCACGAUGGAUAGAAUUUACUAUGAAGCCAAGGCGACUGUCAACCCCGUGACUGGAGCGGCAGCGUCGAUACCUGAGCUGUCGUGUCACUAUAACGUGCGGAUCGAUCCUAAACUGGGGCCUACGACGAAGCUGACGUCCGAGACGCCGCUGGAAUGCACCUUGGACUCGGCGAGAGAGCUGCUGUCGUCAAUGUUCUCCAUGCCGGACUCGGUAGAACCAAGUCUGAAAGUGCGCAGGACACGGGUAAAGAGAACAUAUACCGAAGGCGAGGUUGAAAAACAGUUUACUAUCGACCUGGGUGGAUCGAGGGUGAAUGAGUGCUUAGAUGGAGUCGGGCUGCUACGCAGACACAACGAAGAAGACUGCGAACUGAUCAUUUGGGCGGCAAUUUCGUUUCAUCACAGCGGGAAAAUCUCGUUCAGAGAGUGCUCGUGGAUGGUUGCGGCUCGAUCGGCGCCUUCGUCCAAUGAGUCUGUUGUCCGGGUCAACUACCGACUCAAUGCAGAGAAAGCGGCAGAAUGCACUUAUAUCGAGGGCGAGCACAUUGAUCAAGUUCGGAACCACGCUUUGGGGGCCAUUGGCGCGAAAAUGAAGGCGAAGAACCACUUGCUUCAAAAGAAAAUGCUUGUGGAGACUGGUCGGGGGGAUCUGGCAAGCUUUCUGCAGUAG